CUAAAUAACAAAUUGGAAGCUUCAUUAUUUACAAGAGUAAAAUUUAAUUAUUAUUAAAAAAUGACUUUAUACUUUGAUUCAAAAGUACAAUUUCUGGAUUCGGAUGCUGUUAGUACCAUUGGCCGAUGGCAUCCAAACGAACCGGUGUUUGCCAUUGCAUCUUAUAGCCAAGACCGUGGUGGUUCUGUGACCAUUUUCGAUGAUUCAGGAGAACCCCUUCGGGAUGUAUCGUAUCCAGUCCAUCCAAUAUCUCAAGCCACCGCACUUGCAUGGCAUCCCGAAAAACGUCUGUUGGUAACUGGUUGGGAAAGUGGUGAACUUCACGUUUGGUUCGAUGGACAUCGAGAAUUUGCAAGUGUUCAGGGCCCGCACAAGGCUCCGAUAAUACUUUUAGAAUUCAGUGAAAAAGGUGGUCGGAUGGUGACUGCCGAUUCAAUGGGUUUACUCACAGGUUGGCGCUGUGAUGGCCAGUAUCAGUUUUUGACUAUGUUCUCGCAUGAUUUACGAGAUAGUUUAUUAAAUAUAACUUUUCGUAAAUCAGUUGAUAGUGCCGUUCGAACGGAACUAACAAACUUAGCAAAAGCUGCUGUGGCUGGAGAUGAGACUGCAUUGGAUACUCUAACCAAUUGGAGACCACGGACGGCAGCGAGGAAUUUAACUCAUUCAGGAGUCAAAGACAAUCAUUGUUUCUAUGUGGGAACACAAUCUGGGGUAAUUUUCUACAUUAACCAAGGUGGGACAUGUUCGGAAUUUUUAAAAAGUAAUACUGUUCCAAUCACACAAGUUCUAUGGCAUCCAAAAAGAGAUGCAAUCAUCUGUCUUUUGGAAGACAUGACUGUGACUCAUUUUCUAUCUGAAUCUUCAGGGACUCUUACUGAACUUGAUAGAGUGAAAUUGAGUGGAAAAAUACCUGGAAACAAUGGAGCUAUCUCUUGGGCUGGGAAUUGUUUAGCCAUUAUAACAGGUGAUUUUUCCAUCCGCAUUUGGGACAUGGACACCAGCGAGAACUUUUUGCUCAAAAUGGAUUUACCCAGUUCAGAACGACCAUCGACAGUCACUUCACCGGGAUCGAAUUCUUCAUUAUCAACAGGUGGAAUUGCAGGAACAGCAUCUGCAUCAGGAAUAAUAGCAGCAGGUGGUGCUGGUGGUGGUGGUGAUUCAACAUCUCCAGCCACAUCCAGUUACGUUCAAAAAUACCAAAAGUCCCAACAUCACCAGCAUCAUCAACGCCACCAAAGCAAAUCCGGAAAUGAAGUAUUCACCUGCCUUGCCUACUGCCCGGACAACCAGACACUCUGUGCCGGCACCAAUCAAGGCAGCCUAUACACCUGGAAGCGAACUGUUAAUUACUUUGUCAAUGCACCGGAAAAUUCGUGGCAAUUGAACAAUAUAUCAACGGUACGGGGCGCAAUCAAGCAAUGCUUUUGGGGGGUAAAUGAGAUGGCCAAACCGUGCAUCAUGAUUAAUUGCAUAUCAAAUGUCUACGUGUUGAAGGAACAACCUUUGAUAUCCUGCCAUACACGUGACAUCUGGGCGGUUCAACGAAGCGCUAAUCAGAUCUACAUCGAGCACUCGACCGGCAAAUCAACUACGGUACAAGCUGAUAUCUCGAUUACAACAUUGGCAUUGUCAGAGCAGCACUUGGCUUUGAGUAAUGGUCGGACUAUUGUUGCGUAUAGAAUUGGAAAGAUUGUUCUGGAAGCAUCAUCAUCCACCGAUUACAGUAUUGCUAAUAGUUCGACGACAUUAGAUUCUGCAGAUGGUGACGGACUUACCAUAAGAUUGAUGCAGACAUUUAGUUGCGAGUGUUUGGCGCUCUUUAUGCAUGACCAAAAUAUAUUUUGCCUAACAUCGAGUGAUGUGAAAAUUUACUCCAUUGGUGGAGUGAUACUGAACGAGAUUCAAUCUAGUGACAGUGAGGGUAAAAUUAUCGGUUGCGACCUUACCGGCAAUUACCUGACAAUAUUCACAAUGAACGGCUACAUUAAAGUCUUCGAUGUUACCCGUCACGACCCCAAACCACUGAUUCACCCAAAAUCCGGCUAUGAUUUAUUUGAGAAUUUCGGCGAGGUAAUCCUGGCUAAGUGCAAUGCUAUGGGCAGUCAUCUUGCUGUCGUAAUUGCCAAUGAGAGUCUCAUGCCCGAUGGACGAUUGUACUGUUGGGAUUUCGAAAGGGAUAUAAUGCGUCAUUACGAUUUCAUGAAUGACACAGAGGAAUCUGCCGUCGCCGUUCCGAGACUGCCAAUUGUAUUCUUUUGGGAUACGGAUGAUAGUCGAUUGCUAGCUAUCGAAGCACGUUCGAUUGCUCAGCAAGCCAAACAUCAUCAACGUAAGAAUCCACAACUCCAGCUCCAGCAGCAAGAGAAAGGAUUGCAAGAAGAAGGAGGUGUUGAAUCGAAUGCAUUACUAUCAUCGUCACAACCAAAGAUAGUCGUCGUCGCCAAUGGAACCAGCACGAGCACUAGCAACACCACCAUCACCAACACCACCGCCAGUCUGGAAGACUACAAUGAGACACAAGCAAUUGUUAUGUUCCACGCUGCAGAUAAAUGCACCCUUAAAGUGCUUGAGAUUGUUAAUCUAGCAUCUGGAGAGCAAUUAGUCAAUUUGUGUGCACCGAAUGUGAUAACUUUGGACAUUAGCGUUGUGAAGAAACGGUCCCUGCAGGACUUUAUCGGUUUGGAGAACUGCGACGAGAGUACACGCAAAAUGGUUUUGAAUUUUAGUUUAAAUGUUGCUGAGAGCAAUAUGGACUUGGCAUAUCGAUGCAUCCGUUCGAUACAAUCAGAAGUGGUAUGGACCAAUUUGGCAAAAAUGUGUGUUCAGACGGGACGUCUAGAUGUGGCAAAGGUGUGUUUGGGACAUUUGAAGAAGGCCCGUUCGGUUCGAGCCAUACGACAAGCGAUGAAUGAUGAUGAUUUGGAAAAAGAUGCUAAAGUGGCAGUUUUGGCGGUCGAGCUAGGAAUGAUUGAAGAAGCACAGGAAUUAUACAAAAAAUGCGGUCGUUGGGAUUUAUUGAACAAGUUGCUGCAGAAUUGUGGAUCUAUUGAUGAGGCUUUAAAAAUAGCUGAAAAAGGUGAUAGGGUUCAUUUGAAAAAUACAUAUUUCCAAAAAGGAGAACAACUUAGGGAAGAAGGAAAUAUCAAAGGAGCUCUGGAGUUCUUUGAGAAAAGCCAAAACCCAGUGCAAAACAUCACACAAAUGCUCUUGGAGCAUCCGAUAGCAAUUAAGCAAUACAUGCAAACAGCUAAGGACCCAAAGAUGUUAAAAUGGUGGGGUCAAUAUAUCGAAAGUACUGGAGACAUGGACGGGGCUUUCACCGUUUACCAGAAGGCUGAAGAUUGGUUCUCACAGGUGAAAAUUCUUUGUUAUCUUGGGCAGAUAUCAAAAGCUGAUGUCAUAGCUCGUCAAUCCGGGGAUCGAGCAGCGUGUUACCAUUUGGCACGUCAUUAUGAAAAUAUUGGUAAAAAUCAAGAAGCCAUACAAUUCUACACCAGAGCUCAGACUUAUUCAAAUGCCAUAAGGAUUUGUAAAGAGAACGAUAUGCAAGAUGAACUCUGGACUGUGGCAAGUGCAGCUCGUCAGCGAGAAAAGUCCACAGCAGCUGCGUAUUUCGAAGAAGUUGGUUCAUUCAAACGAGCUGUGGAACUGUAUCAUCGCUCGGGAAUGCUUCAUAAAGCCUUAGAAAUGGCCUUUGCAUCAGAGCAACCAGAUAUUCUGCAAGUUAUUGCUUCAGAACUAACACCAGACUCUGAUCCGGAAUUGAUCAAUCGUUGUGCUGAAUUCUUUACAAGUAUUGAACAACAUCAGAAAGCUGUGCAUUUGCUGGCAAAAACGAAGCAGUUCGAGCGUUCCUUGAGAAUUUGUCAUGAGAAGGGGGUUCCGAUUACAGAAUCGUUGGCAGAAAUGUUGACUCCGGCAAAAACAGAACUGGAUGAUGAGACACGAGCUAAAGUCCUCACCCAACUGGGAGAGCUUCUUCAAGAACAAGGCGACUAUCAUUCGGCCACUAAGAAGUUCACCCAAGGUGGAGAUAAAAUUAGGGCUAUGAAGAGUCUGCUCAAAUCUGGUGAUACCGAUAAGAUUGUGUUCUUUGCAAAUAUGUCGCGUCAAAGAGAAGUCUACAUCAUGGCAGCUAAUUAUCUGCAAGCCUUGAACUGGCAUAGAGAUCAGAAGGUUUUAAAAAAUAUUGUGACCUUCUAUUCGAAAGGACAGGCAUUUGACUCACUUGCGAACUUCUAUGCAAUUUGUGCUCAAGUUGAGAUCGAUGAGUUUAGGGAUUAUGACAAGGCCCUAAAAGCUAUGCAUGAAGCUGCAAAGUGUCUGCUAAAAGUCCCGCAUUCCCAGAGGGCCACUGAUAAUCUGCAGAAGACCAUUGUUGAAGUAAAGUAUGUUUUAGAUAUCCAAGAAGCUCUGGAAAAUGGAGAAAAUCAAGCUGUCAUAGCGGGUUGCAGAAAUAUGUUAAUAAAACCAGAAAUCCCUCCAAUUCGUCAUGCGGAUGUCUUAGCAAUGCUUGUGAAGGGAUUGGCCAGUACAAAGCAAUAUGUCGAAGCUGUGGGAGCUCUUAGAGAAUUGGCACUGAAAGAUGCAACCUGGAGUAGUAGAGGACUUAUCGAACGAGAAAUUGUUCAGAAACUAGCAGAUGAGUGUAAUUUGGAUUUUAAUGUUAUUUGGGAUUCCGGUCGCCGUAAGAAUGAGGUUACAAUUGAAGAUGAUGGUGAAGAAGAGAUUCAAGAAGAAAUACAAUAAAACAUUUGAUAGAGAGUCAGAA